AUGGAUGAUCUCUCGGGACUCAACUGGUCGUCGUCGGCCAGCAAGCCGGGCAACAAACCACCGCCCAUGAACCCCUCAGGCGCCAAUUACUUUGGUUCAAUGCCGCAGUCGAAUUCGACGCCAUCGCCGUUCCCUUCUGGCCGCAACACGCCUUUGUCCGCUCAGGGUUCGGGGUCCGUCGCUGGCAAACCACCCGCUGCGAAGCCGGCCGCCGAUAGCUUCAGCAACUUAAUGAACUUCGCUGGCGCACCCAAGUCGACCGCGAACCUGAGCUUGCGCGAGCAGCAACAGCGACUCGAGGCAGAGAAGUGGAAGAAGGAGGAGGAAAGACGGAAACAGGCACAGGCGCAAUUCGGUGGGGGCUUCUUGGAUUCGCUUGGCUCGGGCAACGUCUCGCGGACGGCGUCUCCAAGCGUCCUGUCUCCUGGCUCGUCGACAGGCAAGAAGGCCAGCGACGACGAUGAUCUAUUUGCCGCAUUUAAAUCCGAGACGAAGGUCGAUAACGCGAGCCACUACCCUCCUCCGCCCCAAAAGGGCCCCUCCCCCGCGCAUACACCGGCUCUUGACCUUACCAACCCCAGUGCGUGGAACAAGCCCACGAGCUCUACAAACAAUGGUGGAUUCGGGGAUGACGAUGACCCAUUCGGUUUAAACCAAAUGAAGCCCAAGUCAUCGUCUCCUGCGCCGCCUCAGCCGACGAUUGACGAUGAUGACUUCCUCGGUGACCUAGGACGCCCCGUCGAGGAGGUCCGGCGCAAGCAGCCAACCCCGCAGCCUAAGCAGCCUGAACCUGGAAAGCCCAUUGAAGCGUUGGAAUCCAGCUCCGACGACGAGCAGCCUGCUCCGCGGGGCGAGAUGGCCGAGUUUGACAAGGCUGUCGCCCAGCUUGUGGAUUAUGGCUUUACACCCGAGAAUGCCAGGCGGGGUCUGACGGAGAGCGGUGCGGGGUUGAAUGUGCAGGCGGCAGCAAACUGGCUUUUGGAUGAUGCCCACCGUCAGGCCAAGGCGAAGGCACAAGGCAAGGACCCUGCUUCAGCCUCAAGGAGAGGACGCGAAGACGGACGACAUGAUGGCCAGCGGAGAGCUGACACAAGAUCGCCUGCGGGUGGUGAGGCGGACUUCUCAAAGACUGCUGCGGCCAUGGGAAACAGUCUCUUCAAGACGGCGAACUCUCUCUGGAAGACUAGCAAGAAGCAGGUCCAGCAGGCUGUCGCGGACUUCAACCAGGAAGGAGGAGACCCAAAUCAGCCCAAAUGGAUGCGCACCGCCCAGCAAGACCGUAUGCAUGCCCCCGAGAAACGGCGUCCGGAAGCCACAGACGAGGCCAUGAUGUUGGAAUCUGGUGGACCACCUCCCAGGAGGGCUGGACAGUCUUCACAGUCGCCCCGACCGGAUGCGCCUCGCAGAACUGCAUCUCCAAGAGACUUCCCCUCGGCGUCAUCAGCACCCCCGAGUGGAAGAGGCACACCGGUUCCGAGAUGGCAACAACAAGCUGGCCCAGCGGUACCUGAUUCAAGGACACGCGCGAGCAAGCUAGCCAUGACAGAUGACAGUGGGGCCUCAUAUGUUAGCCCUCACAGGAGAAAGAAGGCGACGCCUCAGCCUGAAGAGGCACCGCCAAAGCAGGAGGAGCCGGAUCUGCUCUUCAACUCUCAGGCACCCAAACCGUCUCAGUCGCUACCACAACGGCCCGCCCAAUCUUCUCGACCUGCUCAACCUUCGCAGCCUUCGCAGCCAGCUCAGCCUGCUAGACGUCCCUCUCCGCCUGCCCCCAGGCCGGCUCCUAGACCAGCGCGCCAGAUUCCCUCAAUCACACCCGCCGCGAUACAGCAGUCUACGAAGCACCGCCUUGAAGGAACAGCGCAUUUCAAGCGGGGCGACUACGCGGCAGCACAGUCUUCGUACUCAUCCUCCUUGUCCUCCGUUCCGGAAUCUCAUCCUCUGGCCAUCGUUAUUCUGACCAACCGCGCGUUGACGGCCCUCAAGACUGGCGAGCCUAAGCAAGCUGUUGAGGAUGCCGACGCCGCCCUCAAAAUCAUCGGGCCCGCUGGUGGACAGGGCGAGCAUGUGACUGUCGUGGGUGACAACGGCGGCGACGAGAAGCGCGACAUGCGCGACCUGUACGGCAAGGCGCUCAGCCGUAAAGCCGAGGCACUUGAACAAAUGGAACGUUGGGGCGAUGCCCACGCCGUCUGGUCGACAUGCGUCAAGAACGGUGUCGGAGGUUCCACAGCUAUUUCCGGUCGCCAGCGUUGCCAGAACGCCCUGGCACCGAAACCGAAGCCGAAGCCCAGGCCGGCUGCUCCUGCUCGGCCUCGCGCCGCUGCGGCGCCUGCCAAGAGCUCCGAAGCGGUCGAACGUCUGCGCAAGCAGAACCUCGCGUCGGCGGCGGAAGACGACGAGAAGUUUGCGCUGUCAGAGAAGGUGGAUGCCAAGAUUGCGGCUUGGAGAGACGGGAAGAGGGACAACCUGCGUGCGCUCAUCGGCAGCUUGGACCAGGUCCUCUGGGAGGGAAGCGGCUGGAAGAAGGUCGGAUUGCACGAGCUCGUCAUGGCCAACAAGGUCAAGAUCAACUACAUGAAGGCCAUUGCCAAGUGUCACCCCGACAAGCUCCCCCAGGACGCCAGCACGGAGGUAAGGCUCAUCGCUGCGACGGUGUUCGCCACGUUGAACGAGAGCUGGGACAAGUUCAAGGCCGAAAACGGACUAUAA